UAUUACUCGAUCGAGUGAUCUCUAUGACAGUUGCGAUGUGGCUCGUAAUUUUUAUAAUUGGUGUACUCGUCAGUGUAACAUUGACAAAUCCGAUACUAAAUGAACCAAACGCAAAAGUUUGCGAAACAGAAGAGUGCAAAGUAGCAGCCACAAUCAUCAACAACUCGAUGAAAAAAACCGUCGAUCCUUGCGAUGAUUUCUACGGCUACGUAUGCGGCAACUGGGAGACAAACUUUCCUCGGCCGGAGGAUAAGGCAGUGUGGAAUCUCGACAAAAUGACCGAAAACGAAAUAAAUAACAUUUAUGUCCCUCAAACAGAAGUGUUAGAGGAAGACGAAAACGACGACGAUUUUUCCCCCUUAAAAUACGAGAAAUGGUGGUAUAGAUCGUGCAUGGAUUCAGAAAAAAUCGAGGAAAAUGGAAUCAGAUCGUUAGAGGAAGUACUUGAUUACUUUGGCGGUUGGCCAAUUGCCAUGAGCAUGAGCGAUUGGAAUGACGACAAUCACGAUUGGCAGAGCGUUCACGAGUUUUACACAACGCUCAAAGAUCUUUCCUCUCUGUUCGAUAUCCGCGUCGCGUCGGACAACAGGAACUCCAGUAGAUACGUCAUUGAAUUGAACAAACCAGGUGAAACGUUAUACGAAAAUGCGAUGAGUGAUGGCAAUGAAAAAGUUGUGACAGAUAGUUACUUUGAACUCAUUAGAAACGUUGCUCUGAUAUUCAUGCAAGAAAGAAAUGUAACACUCGUCGAAGAGCAACUCACUAAUGAUAUCGAAAACAUGAUCGUUUUCGAAAAGCAUUUAAUACUCCUCAAACAAUUCAGCACUGAAAGUGAUGACAUGGAACCAUCGCGUGUCUACAUUACCAUCGACGAGUUGCAAAAGUACUACGACAAAAUAGGCGAUAUGAAAUUUACUUCACAGAUAAGUUGGUACCGCGCAAUCACUUACCUUUUCAAAUCCAUUGAAAACGUGACGAUCGAUUCGUCCGAGGAAAUUGGAGUCGAAGACAAAUAUUAUCUACGCAAAUUGUCGCAUUUGCUCAGUGAGACGCCCAACCGCGUCAUAGUCAACUACAUUCACUGGAAAUUCAUUGGGUCGUCAUUAAACUACGCGAACAAAGAAAUGCAUAACGUAUUUGCGAUGUUCCUUCGAUCUAUAGCUAAGCCAGACGAAACCGUCAAAGUGCAGGAAAGAUGGCAAGAGUGCAUCAACGACAUGAAACUCGGUAUUGGAUAUAGGUACGAGUACGUGAAGCGACACUUUUCUGAAGAAACGCGCAAAAUGGUAUACGAUAUAGCAAGCGAGAUGCGAGGCCAAAUGCUCGACGAAAUGGAACAUUCCACGUGGUUGGACGACGAGACUCGCGAGUCAGCAAUGGUGAAGUUGCACGCUCUCAAGUGGUACAUCGGCAAUCCCAAUUACUUCUCGAAAAAGGACUUUCUCGAGCAUUUGUACGAUGGCCUGACAAUAACGACGAGUUACUUCGAGAACGUGCAAAACGCGCGGGAAUUCUUUAUGAGCCGCAAUUUGAAGCGGCUGAGACAUGGGCGUAACUUGAAGAAAUACGUGAAAGUGGAUCCAUUACUUGCUAAAUCCGUGUACCAUCCAUCCAGGAAUGUAUUAAUCUUAACUGCUGCUCAACUGUCUGUACCAUUGCUACAUGCUUCCGUACCAUUGUCUGUGAAUUACGGCUACCUUGCACCAACAAUGGGUCAACUAAUAGCAAGGACUUUAGAAAAAGAAGUGAACACGGACGUAUACUUCACACCGUGGUCGAACGAUUUCGGUGGCACGUACAAAACCUACGAAACUAAAACCAACUGUUUGCUACGACAGUACAACAAUUACUCGGUAGGUUCGUCGACCAUCGAUGAGAAUAUGUAUGAUGCGAUCGGCCUGAAAGUAGCCUACCAGGCAUUUCAAAAUAGCUUCGAGAACGAAAACAUCGAGAAGCUACCGGACUUGGAAGAAUUGAGCGACGAACAGCUGUUUUUCGUUGCUUAUACUCUCAAAUAUUGCCAACUGGCGUCACCGAAAUAUCAGGCCGAGCACGAGCCUACGUAUUUCACACCGAAUGAUUAUCGAGUUAUUGGGCCGUUGUCGAAUUCGAAAGAUUUUGCCAAGGCUUUCAGUUGCCCGGUUAACAGUCCAAUGAAUCCCGAGAAUAAAUGCACUUUGUAGUGAUUUCAUCGAUUUGAGUUGCAAAUGUCAAAAACAAGUUCCAGCUAAUCAUAAAUGAAUGCACUCCAACUUCAACAAUAAACAGCGUGAAAAAUUAUCUAUCACGAUAUUACGAUAUCAAUAGAAAAAUCGCGAUAAAAAUACAGAUAUAUUUGUAAUCUAACUUAAUUCGGCGACGAGGAAGUGGAAAAUAUUUACGGGAGAUAUGCUUCUCAGAAAUACGCAAAAAAAUUUUCACUUGAGGCAUCCCCUAAAAAAUACCUUUAAACCCUCUCAAUAUCGUCGACAAAAAAUACCUCGAGGUGAAUAAUUUUUGGCUAAUAACAUGCUAAAAAUAAAAAAUUUUAAUGUGUACAUACCAUGGUACACACAUAAGGGUGGUUUUAAGAGGUUAAAUAAGUACGACUUAGUUUUGACAUAUAUGUAUAUCAAUGUAGUGUCCGUAUGAAGCAAUCAAUAUAGUUAUUAAAUUGAAUUAAUUUUUGUUAAAUAUUUUUAUUACUUAUCAACGUU